AUGUCUGCAAGGCAGCGGGUCACGCUGGCGUCUAUGUGGGCGUUUGAAGACAUCGGGGUGGAGGAAGUCACAGAUCAGAUCAAGAAACUGAAAAAUCAUGGUGACAGUGAAUGCCAUUACCACAAACAUGAUAAUGUUCUCGAGUUCAAGGGUAAUCUGGAGGGCGGCGCGUCUCAAAUUGCGAAGGUUGUAUCAAGCUUCAUCGAUGGUCAGGAAAAUAAGGAUUUGCUAGAUCUGGAUGUGUCUGCCAUUAUGCCUGUCGAUGAAGACCCGGUGGUUUCUGAUACAGACAAGGACGAGGAAGGUGGACUUCUAGCCCUGUCAGACAGCUCUGACCAGGAGUUGAUACCUAAUCCCGCUGCUCUUGUCACUAGGUUCUGGCUAUCAUCCAAUGGGGGAGUGGGCUGCUUUUCAGACAACAGGUUCCGUGACUUUCUCUCGCAGAUAGCGGCUUUGACUGGGACUGAGGCUUGUGUCGUCGAAGGCCGUGGCGUCCAAGUGAUCGGGAAGUCCGUCGAAGAUGUACAAGAUGCUUUGGCGAAGCUCACUCGGAUUGAGAAGCCCCUGAGCUUUAUUACGAUUGCGGGAGUGGCAAAUCUGAACGCUACUCCAGAUAACGGUCGCAUACGUUUUCGUAUGCAGAGAUACGGCAGUCUGAACAGUACUGCUCCUCAACGCCUUUUGACCGACCCAGACAUGAAUCUCAGCUGGGAACUCGGUCAGAUGUUCGUCACUGUGCCACUUCCCUACGACGAGGAGACCCAUGCAUUCAAAGAGCCCAGAAAUAUCACUAAUCCGCCUCAUAUAACCGAGGAGCCCGGAAGAUCCCGUCUCUGGAAUGACUUCACCUUCCAGGGGAUUGGAAAAGGCGAUGAAUAUCUUGCCUUGAGCACAGUUGAUGAACUUGUUAGAACCAGAGCUACGGCAACAGCUUCCAGCGACCCUGCUACACAUCCUUAUUUGACUCCCGAGAAGGCAAAACAAGUGGACCAAUGGAAUCGGUGGGUUGUUGAGGGAACUGGCGCUGAAAGACCUACUCCUGUAUCCGACGCGGACAUGAGAAUUAUGCCUCAUUCCGGGCAGUCAGCUAUUAAACCUUGUGCCCCAACAACCAAGAGGCCACCUGGUAUCAAACAGCGCAGACUUAUAACCGACGAGGUACAGCCAUCGUCAGCCCGGGAGUGUGCAGAGCCAAAGCCCAAGGAUACUGUGGUUCAAACAACGGAGGCUUGUGUCUCUAAACCUCGUAAAAAGUGGAAAAUGAUCUAUAAUACUGGAAGUGGCACUGAAGGCCAGCAUGUUACAGCAGACCCGGUGGCUGAGGCUCAGGCGCCACAAGCUCAUAUAGCCUCAACAACCCUCCAAAAAGUACCAGAGGACAAGCCGCAUCUUCCCCAGGGAUUUGACACUACAAAGUAUGGUCUCAACAAAAGCACCCCCCAGGCUACGAAAAGCGACCACCGCACCUAUCCACACACCCGAUCAGGGCUGGAGAAGAAGAUUAACAAACGGAAGGAGCUUGUUGAUAUUCUUGGGCCGGUAACAACCGGAGGUACCAGUAUCCAACCUACGAUUUCCUUCUAUCAGCCGGCCUUAGUGCCAUCGAGUCUGUCUUGUAGUCAAAGCGCGGUCUCCCCAACCCUGGCCUCCGAAGAAGUAGUCGGACACAACAGAGGCAAUAGCCUUGAUCUUGCCGGUUUAGUUUUCGAGGCAUCUGGGGCCCCCUUAGAGCUUAGCAGCACGGAAUCCAUGCAAGAAGCGACUUCUUCAUGCAAUGUCAGAUAUACUUCACCAGGCCAUGGCAGAAACCCUCUUCAUAGCAAUGAAACGGCCACUUCCUCCGGCAAAACCAGAGACGCUUCACUCAGCGGUGACAGGGUGGCACCUUUCAGCAACGCAAGAGCUACUGCAGACAGCAGCGAGAAGGUGUUUGAGCAGACAAAUCGACUGGCUUCUUUGACCAUGGUCUAUAAUGAAAGCAACGAAGGCGAAUCACUGAUCGUUAAAGAGGCUUACAAGAAUGCAUCAACUCUGCGCCAGGCACAGGGGAGCCUGGCUCAUGACAAAGUUACAGAAAUUGAGAGAUCCCACGGGGCAGCAAAACACCUCGAUGGUGAAGUCGUGACGAGAGCCUUCCGCCGUACUAUGACUCAGAAGGCACCUAAUCCGAGUAGCAAAGACAAGGUGAACAGCAAGGCCGAGGCCAAGGUUAAGAAACAGAAAACCCUCGAAGAUGCUUGGGGAAUACUCCCCAAGCACGCCAAGAAGCCAUCAGUCGAUGUUUCAGGGAGUCAACAUGGCUCUGGACCGAUCAAGGAGAGAAUAGCAACACUGGUGAGCCAGGAACAAGAAGAACAACAAAUCGAGGUGGACAGGAACCUGGACGAAGAUAUAAAAAGGCUUUAUGAGGCCUUGAAGCCCACUCUAGAGGCCGCUGAAACAUUCCCAGGAGCAAUCACUUUGGAGGUGCAGAUCGGACUACUCUUGAUACCACUCCUUCCAAAGUCAUGCUGCGAGCAAGUAAUAACCUUUAGCGAUUGGGAGAAGAUUUUCAAGCCACGGACGGGCUUGGCCGCACCGACUACGAAGUUCAUGAAUAGAUUGACGACGUCUGGUGCGGACAUCGAUCAUCUUGUUGACCUGAGGACGUCCAAGGCGCAAGGAAAACGCCGCCUGUUCGAACAAGAGUACGACGAAUACAAUGUAUCCUAUGAGUUUCAUUGCCGAACGAAAGCUGGUCAAUCGCUUGUUCUUGUCAUUGACGAACAGGGUGGUCAUUGUUUGAGGAAGCCGACCUUAUCGCUUGGGGGCGUUAACUUACAUAUCCCACUGCAAAUCUGGGAUGCAAAUAUCAGUCUCAACUGUGUCACCGAUCAUGGACCGGAACUUGCAUCAGCAGCUCAAUAUAUGGUUGACCAUCUCUGGAUUCCCGCGGACAAACCACUCCUGCGAAUCUUCACCCGCCUCCCAGCCGGGCACACAAUCUCGAUUGAGAAGGUAUACAUGAAGCGUUGGACUCGGCAUAAGUUCAUUCGCUCAGAUGUGGUCCCCUCAAGUGACAUCACCGGAAAGGAGCCAAACGGUGAGAGUGAGACCAACGGAGAUCUAUAUCUGCAGGUACUAGAGACUCAGGAUCUGAUUGUCGGGACCAGCGCCGCUGAAGGAACAGCCGUGCGAGCCCGUGCGGUGCAACCCCAAGAGAUGAUCAGACGGGGGAGGCUCUGGUAUGAAGCUUCGCUCGUGAGUCCAGCUAUUGAAUCUCUAUUGAAAAGCAAUGUCGACCUGGAGGUUGGUGAGCGUGCAGAAGACUGGAGUAGCGUCGACUUACUCGGGAGAGAUGCACAUCUUAUAACCCCAGAUGCGCCACUAAGUCCAGUCGCCAUGGCCAUUGGGACCGGGGGGCUUGGGGAUCUCCUCCGUCUCACUAUCAUGGUGGUUGAGAAGGCAGAUGGUGUUGGCUACUUUAAUCAAGGGUUCAGCGUCUCAUCCAAAGAAUCAGUCCACUCCGGGGCACUGCAGAUUGUACCCGCUCCAAAGGGCCUCGAAUUCGAUGACAUAGAGAGCGUCAAAGACCUGGGUAGCGCCUGCCCACCGAAAGAUACUCUCCAAGGGCUGGAGCGAGAAUUUUGGUGA